AUGUUAUAAGUGAAGAUGUCUCGCAAUAGAUGUGAUGGGUUACUGGCGAAGGUCGAUUUUCCUCUUUAUACGCUUCAGACUCUCACGAAUCGUCAUGUCCUCGUGGCCGGAGGCGGCGGAGCAUCGAACACGGGUGUAGCCAAUGGAUUCGAAAUAUUUGAACUAUCACACAAUGGAACAAGGUUCGUCGCUGAGGAGGUGAUGAGGUACGAAACGGGACCAAAUGUGGUGAUGACAUGUUCUGUACAAAAUGUUCAGAACAGGAUAUACCUGGCCGCGGGUCAGGAGAGUCAUUGCCAGCUGUAUAAAGUUAAUGUUAAGAUGGUGGACGCCGCAGAGAUGCGCCGCGGCAGUUUCCGCGCUGAAAACGGUCUCGUGCGUCGUCGCCGCACUAUAUCCGAGAACGACAAUAUAUCAAAGAUGGAAAGCCAUAACCACACAACAGACAAACGGAUGUCUUUCGAAAUAAGGCCUUGUGAUAGCGUACAAACAGAUUUUGGUACUGAUCCCCUGCAACGAGUUGUAACUAUCAGUCACGAUGGUAAACUCAUGGCUACCGGUGGAGUCGACGGCAAAGUUAGGGUAUGGUCAUUUCCAAAGAUGCAACUACUGUUCGAAUUACAAGGACACGCAAAAGAGCUCGAUGACCUAGACUUCAGCCCCUGUGACAGUCGGUUAGUGAGUAUAGCAAAAGAUGGUCAGGCACUGGUCUGGGAUACCAAAACGAAAAAACCCCCACUUCUCAGCUUAACGUGUCAACCGCCAAAUGGAACUAAGUACCUUUUUAGACGAUGCAAAUUCGGCGACGUCGAAGAUAGGAAAGGCCAAUACAGAAUGUUCACCAUAGCAAACCCACUGGCUCGGUCUGGUAAACAAAAAGGUUUGGUCCAGCUUUGGGAGCCCAAAACCGGCGAGCUGCGUAAGACCGUGAUGGUGAUGGAGUCUCUGUCCGCGCUUGCCGUGCGAGAUGAUGGCAGGUUCGUGGGCGUGGGGACCAUGUUCAGCGGUUCCGUGGACAUUUAUAUAGCAUUCAGUUUGCAGCGCGUGCUGCACGUGUCGGGCGCGCACGGCAUGUUCGUGACGGGGCUGCAGUGGGUGGGCGCGCGCGGGGCGCCGCUCACCGCGCGGAGCGAGGCCGCGCUGCUCUCCAUCUCCGUCGACAACCGCCUCGUCGUGCACACGCUGCCCUGCCCCGGUACCGUUCCUGUCUGGGUUGCCAUUCUACUCAUCGUAUUUGUACUAUUCUGUACCUUCUGUUUAUGUUCAUAUCUAGGUAUAUAACGAAAAAUAUAUCAUAAUUUAAUUUUGUCAAUAUAAAUAAAUAUUUGUAAGAAUGUUGGGAAUGUUAUAGGUUUAAUUUAAUAGGAAAAUGGCGAACAUCAAGAUAUCGUUAUAAUGAAUGUUUGUAUAAAUAGAAUCAAUUAAAUGAAGUGAGGACUU